AUGGUACUCAAAGCUGAAAGCAGUGAAUCAAGUGAUGAAGAUAGUGACAUGGCAUAUCUUACUAAGAGAUUUCAAACUAUGGUUCAAAGACAUGGUGGUAUACCAAAGUGGGGCAGUUCAAGUAAAGCAAGGAACAACGAUCUUUGUCACAGAUGUGGAAAGCCAGGGCAUUUCAUCAAAGACUGCCCACUCGCGAAACAGAAGCAAUACAAACAAAAUCCUAACAAAGCAGCAAAAAGGAGCCUGGCUUUUGCUGCUUGGGGAGACUCCUCUAGUAAAUUUGAAAAGGAACCAUAUGCAGAAAAUAGUUUCAUGAUGGAAGUGGAAACUGAAGCAACGAAGUAUGAUUCACUGUUCGCGCUGAUGGCCCAGUCUGAUGAUGAUAGAGAAGAUGAAGACGAUGAGGGAACAGUGAGAGGAAGCGGACUGAAAUGGACUAUGGACUGUGGAUGCUCAAAGCACGUGACUAAAAACAUCGUGAAUUUCUUCUCACUGAAAGCCUUGCAGGAAGGGAAUGUAUCCUUAAAAAGAAAGGAGAGGUACCAAUCUGAUAACUGGCCGAGUGGUCUCAGUGGACAAAGGAAACAAGAACAUCCACUCGGUCGACUAUGA